AUGAACACCGGAGCCAUGGACGGUUGGCCGUUCCCAAGCGACUUCCGCGACCCGAACGAGGUAUGGGAUCUUCAGGGCAAGCUCAUGUUCUUCGCACUCUACACGGGCUUCUGGGCAUGCGUGGUGCUGGCGGUGUUCCUCUACACGCGGCUUCGCAGUCGCUGCAGCUGCCGCAGACGAGCACGUUCGCCAGCGAGGCGGCAAAGCAGCGGCUUCGACGAUGUGUCGAAGAUGUCGGAAGCCUUCGGCGAGAUGCCGGCCUUCCCAGAAAGCAAGGUCCACGAGCUGUUCCUGGAGCAGGCGAAGCUGACGCCGACGGCGACCGCCCUGGUGUUGCCCCACGAGGCAAAGACUGUGGUAACGUACCAGGAGCUGGCAGAAGCCGUGCGGCAGUUGGCCGCAGUGCUCGAACAGCUAGGCGCGAAUGGCGAGAUCGUGGCUUUAUCUUUGCCGCGAAGCAGCUUACAGGUGGUGUCGAUCCUCGGCGCUUUGCUGGCAGGUGCCGGCUACCUGCCCAUGGACGACACGGGGCCAGAG